GGGCAGUAUUCGUUGUGCACGGACCUAGUUGUACACAAUCCAUGUGUUUAUGAAAUUGGAGUUUUUGAAAAAGUAUAAAGUUUUUGUGCUAAAUUUUUAGUCGUUAAUCAAAUGUCUUUCUCUCAUCAUAAAAAUAAACAUUUUAUUCAUUUAACUUACAAAGACGCUUUGAAGAUGGCUUUGAAGAGCCAUUCAUGUAUUGAAAAAGUAGAACAUGAAAAGGUGCUAUCAAUGUCUCCAAAGUUUAUAAAUAGUAUUCGUAUUGGUUUGAAAGAAACUUUAAAUAAAGACCUUUUUGUUUAUAAUAAUAGUUUGAAUGGUGUUCCUUUUGCAUUUGGAAAAAUACAUAUAAAUAAAAGUGAAAUAAUUGAUGACCUUGAGAGGUUCAAUUUAACUUUAGAAGUGUCAUAUAUGGUUUUCAAACCGAGACUUGGAAAAAUUUUACGUGCAACCAUUAAUAAAAUUGCUGAUCACCAUUUGGGAUGUUUGAUUCAUGGUUGUAUAAACGGAUCUAUUAUACAACCUAAUUUUGAUUAUCUGUCAGCAUCUCAAAAAGAAAUAAUCGAUAACAUUAAAGUUGGUAGUGAAGUUUUAUUUACUAUUACUAAAAUUGACAAUCAUAAUGAUAUCCUUUUUGUAGUUGGUGAAAUUGCUCCACAGUUUUAUUUGGGUAAAAAAAGGAAAGCUCAAAGUUCAGAAGAAUUUAGCGCUAUUAAGAAAAUCAAAGAAGAAAUAGAAUAAUACAAUGGAGAAGCCCAAAAAAGAACAGAAAACUGAAACUUCAAAUAUUUAUAUUUCCGUUAAUAAUGAAACUCGCUGCGGGUGAUGUUAUUCUGGUGUAGUAGAUAUUACCCGAAUGUUUCAGGAUGGAAUUUUUGUAGCAACUUGAUUUUUCAUUUUCUGUAUUAAAUUUACACAUGAUUAAAUGUGAAAACAACUAGGUAAAGUAGGUAAUUUUGGAUUAUGUAAUUUAUAGAAUUUUAUAUUAUAGAAUUUUAAAAUCUUUCAAUGUUUAUUUAAUUCUUUAAGAUCCGAUGUUUAAACAUUCAUUUAUAGUCAUAUAGUGAUUUUCUAUACAAAUUUUUAAUUUUUUUAAAUCCAUUAUGUACAGCAAUUAUUUAAAACUUAAGCAUUUUUUUUAACGCAAACGACAACGAGGAGAUUUUGAAACUACUGACUAUUUAUGUAGAACUAUUGGCUUUUUAAUGUGCUUUUGUAUACGGGACGGUAGCGGUGAAGCAUUGUUUUUAGAUAAAACAAGCAUUGGUUAUAAUAAUUUAUGAUGCAAUUAUAUCAUUAUCAUUAUUAUUGUUGUUUAAACAUUUUAAGAUGAAUUAAAAUUUAAAAUGUUA